UAACAACGUAUAGCGGUUGGUUUUGAUUUAUCAACCGACUAUCAAUAAAUAUUUAAAAUUGGGAUUCUUAUGAUUCAGUCUACUUAACGACAUAUACACGAAGCCAACAAAACUAGUUUUUAAAUAAAAAUUCUGUGACAAAUCAACGACCAAUGAUUUCUUUAAUGCAUGAUUGCUGUUUAAAAUAUAGGAAUGUCUACAUGAAGGACGAAAACAAUCACAAGCUUGGUGACCAAUUUAAAAAUAUAUAUGUCCACAAUAAUGCUAAGACUAUUUCUACAAUUAUAACACGGGCCUAACUUGCGCUUGGAAGCUAUAUUAACAUUCGUAGAUCACCUAACCGAUUGACUUUCAUGCAUCUCAAGCCUCGUGCUGACAACCUCACAGCCACGAUAUCGCCCAUAUACCUGUAUACAUAUUUUUCAUAUACGUACAUAUAUAUCUGAGAUUAUUAAUAUAUACAUAAUAUGUUUUAAGCGCAUAUAGAGAGUGUUUGAAAAAAAAAUGGGGUUAAAAAACAAAAAAAAGAGCAGGAGGAUCUUGAUGUUUUAUCUAACCCUAAUGUCUUUUUCGUUUUUGGGUUUGGUAGUAACGUUUAAACCUCUGUUUCUACUCAAUCCCAUGAUCAAUUCUCCAUCGAUAGUUGAGAUUCGUUACUCUUUACCGACGGAAGUUAACCGGAACCCGAGAUGGUUCCGACUAAUCAAGAACCAUCUUCAGGAGAAAAAGAUCAGAGUUGGUCUUCUCAAUAUUGAAGAAAAUGAGCGUGAGAGCUACGAGGCAACGGGGACGUCGAUCUUGGAGACUGUCCACGUGACGCUAGAUCCUCUUCCGAAGAAUCUGACGUGGGAGAGUCUAUUUCCGGUGUGGAUCGACGAGGAUCAUAGGUGGCACACGCCAACAUGUCCAGAGGUCCCUCUCCCUCGUGUGGAAGGUUCUGAUGCUGACGUUGACGUUGUGGUUGUGAAAGUGCCGUGCGAUGGGGUUAGGGAGGAUAAAGGGUUGAGAGAUGUUUUCCGGCUACAGGUGAAUCUUGCGGCAGCGAAGCUGGCGGUGGAGAGUGGGCGGAGGAACGUUGACCGGACUGUGUACGUUGUUUUUAUCGGGUCGUGUGGUCCCAUGCAUGAGAUCUUUAGGUGUGAUGAGCGCGUGAGGCGCGUAGGGGAAUAUUGGUUGUAUAGACCUAAUCUAGAGAAGCUGAAGCAAAAGCUUGUAAUGCCUGUUGGUUCUUGUCAGAUUGCACCACUGCCUGCUCAACUAGAUCAAGAAGCAUGGAGACGACAGAAGAACGAAACUCUUACAUCAAGAACCACACUAUCAUCAUCAUCUGGUGCCCAACGUGUUGGCUACGUGACGUUACUCCACUCAUCCGAGGUCUACGUAUGCGGGGCAAUAGCCUUAGCACAAAGCAUAAGACAAUCUGGCUCAACGCAUGACAUGAUACUCCUCCACGACAAGUCCAUAACCAAUCCAUCUCGCGUUGGCCUGAGCCGUGCGGGCUGGAAACUACGGCAAGUAGAGAGAAUCCGUAGCCCUUUCUCCAAGAAGGAUUCUUACAAUGAGUGGAACUACAGUAAGUUACGUGUGUGGCAAGUAACGGAUUACGAUAAGCUAGUGUUCAUAGACGCAGACUUCAUCAUCGCCAAGAAUGUUGAUUAUCUUUUCUCCUUUCCUCAACUUUCUGCUGCUGGCAACGACAAAUUCUUGUUCAACUCCGGAGUUAUGGUUCUGGAGCCAUCAGCUUGUUUGUUCAAGGAGCUGAUGCUGAAAUCAUUCAAGAUCAAGUCUUAUAACGGAGGAGACCAAGGGUUUCUGAACGAGUAUUUUGUAUGGUGGCACAGGUUAUCGAAACACGUGAACACGAUGAAGUACUUCGGUGCUGAAAGCAAGAACAGCCAAAAACGCCAUCUUCCGGACAAUUUAGAGGGGAUACACUACUUGGGACUAAAACCAUGGCUAUGUUACAGAGACUAUGAUUGUAACUGGGACUUGAAAUCACGGCGUGUGUAUGCAAGUGAGUCGGUGCAUGAGAAAUGGUGGAAAGUGUACGAUAAGAUGCCGAAGAAGUUGAGAGGCUAUUGUGGUUUGACUCGUAAGAUGGAGAAGAACAUUGAGAAGUGGAGGAAAUCGGCAAAGUUUAAUGGUUUACCUGAAAGGCAUUGGAGAAUUCAAGUGAGAGAUCCAAGGAAGAAGAACCUUCUUGACUAAGUCAGUGAUAGCGCUUUGGAAUUGAUUUUGGUUGAUGAGAGCCAUGAUUAUUUUUCGAUCGACCGCUAAUGUGGUUCAUAAUUGAUAACCAUUAAAACAAUGUAUAUACACACAUAAAUGUUAUUUUUCGAUGUACAUGUAUUAUUUAUACAAUCAUUGUUCAAGUGGUAGAGGAUCCUUCAUGUAGGUCAAGGCUAAGGAACGAGCCUAUCUCCGCCACUUAAGUUUCUGAUCUAAGCUUCUGAAAUGCCGCUAUGUGUGGGUGAUUCAAUGGUUAACCAUACCUAAACAGUGUUUGAGCUAUGGUGGUGAUUAAACUUAAAGAAAAGAAAACAUAUUUGCAUUUGCUUUACAUGGUGCUUUUAAUAAGAUGAUUAUUUUUUUGCUUAGUCUCCCAUGGGCCAUGGCCUUCCCAUGCUGUUAGGGCAUCUCCAACCCUACUCCAUUUUUGACUCCAAACUCAAUUUUGGAGUAAAAUCUU